UAAAUUACAUAUUCGAUGCUUGCUGAGAACUUGAGCUUCACGAAUUCUCCUGUGCUACUGAUUUGAUUUGAUCACUCACUGUAUUCGAAUCAUGGCUUUUUUAUUUAUUUAUAUAUAUAUAUAUUAAUACUGUCAGCAGCUCCCUCCCCAAACAUUUGGGAGGGACGAGCGCGAUCAGUUUUGCGAUCAUGAUUCCUGCCGCCGCCGGCAUUAGAUCAUCCAUACUUGUUCUGUUUCUCUCUACUCAAAUUGGGUUCAGUUCAAACAUGAAGGUGGUUGUUGCUUCGAGGCCGGCUUUGGUGAACAUUGGCGCCAUUUUCUCAUUUAACUCCACCAUUGGUGCAGUUGCCAAGAUAGCUAUCGAGGAGGCUGUCAAGGAUGUUAAUUCAGAUUCGAGUCUUCUUCAAGGAACCAAACUUGUUCUUCAUAUGCAAAAUUCCAACUGCAACGGAUUUCAAGGCUUGCUUGGAGCUCUGCAGUUCAUGAAGACUCAAGUUGUUGGUAUUAUAGGUCCACAGUCAUCUGUCGUUGCGCAUACGAUUUCUCAUAUCGCCAAUGAACUGCGAAUACCACUCUUGUCAUUUGCAGCUACGGAUCCUACUCUCUCCUCUCUCCAGUUCCCUUAUUUCCUCAGGACAACACAAUCUGAUUCGUACCAGAUGGCUGCUAUUGCUGAAAUAGUUGAUUAUUAUGGCUGGAAACAAGUCGUCGUCAUCUUCAUCGACGACGAUUAUGGAAGGAACGGUGUCUCUCAUCUAGAGGAUGAAAUGGCCGCCAAGCGCUGUAGAAUCUCGUACAAGGUUGGCAUUUCCCCGGGAUCAGAAUUCAAUCGGAGUAGGAUUAUGGAUAUUCUGGUUAAGGUAGGCUUAUUGGAUACUCGGAUCAUCAUUAUUCAUGUUCAUCCCAGUGUGGGUUUCAUGAUAUUUUCCGUCGCCCAAUAUCUUCAAAUGACGAAUGAAGGAUUUGUCUGGAUAUCCACCGAUUGGUUAUCUUCUGUUUUGGAUACAUCUUCUCCUCUUCCAUCGGAGAUAAUGGAGGCUAUUCAGGGAGUUAUUGUUUUGCGUCAUCAUACUCCCGAUUCAGAUAAAAAGAGGGCUUUCUUGUCUAGAUGGGAUAAGCUGACUAGCGGUUCUUCUAUAGGCUUAAAUUCUUACGGCCUAUAUGCAUACGAUACUGUAUGGAUGCUUGCUCAUGCUAUCAACUUGUUCCUCAACAAUGGCGGCAUAAUUUCAUUUUCCAGCAAUCCAAACUUUCAUACGUUUGGAGAAGAAGACUUGAAGGUUUUCGAUGGAGGAGCUCUCCUGCUCGAGAAAAUACUGCAGACCAAUUUUACUGGUUUGACAGGUUCAAUCAAAUUUAGUCCUGAUAGAUCUCUGAUUCAUCCUGCUUUCGAUGUUAUCAAUGUGAUUGGAAAUGGUUAUAGAAGGGUAGGCUAUUGGUCAAAUCAUUCAGGAUUAUCUACAGUUCCUCCUGAAACUAUCAAUUCCAGGCGAACAAACUCCACCAAUAAAUUGUUUAGCGUUAUAUGGCCUGGAGAGACGACUAUGAAGCCACGUGGAUGGGUUUUCCCGAACCAUGGGAAAUUAUUGAGAGUUGGGAUACCGAAUAGAGUGAGUUUUCGUGAGUUUUUGUCAAAGGUGGAAGGCACUAAUAAUUUCCAAGGCUUCUGUAUAGACGUAUUUCAGGCUGCUAUAAACCUCUUGCCUUAUGCAGUUCCUUAUCAGUUCAUUCCAUAUGGAGAUGGAAAGAAGAACCCCAGUUACAGAGAACUUGUGCGUUUGAUGGCAAACGGUUAUUUUGAUGCUGCUGUUGGUGACAUAGCUAUUGUCACGAAUAGGACGAAGAUAGUGGAUUUCACGCUGCCUUAUGCCUCGUCGGGACUUGUUGUUGUGACCUCGUUCAAGAAAUCGAAUACGGGUCCAUGGGCUUUUCUUCAGCCGUUUUCUCCAAAAUUGUGGGGUGUCACGGCUGCUUUCUUCAUUUUUAUUGGCAUUGUAAUUUGGAUAUUGGAACACAGGUUAAACGACGAAUUUAGAGGAACCCCAAAACAACAGAUUAUAACCAUCUUAUGGUUUAGUCUUUCAACUCUAUUCUUUUCUCAUAGAGAGAACACUGUGAGCACUGUGGGUCGAGCAGUUCUAUUAAUUUGGCUAUUUGUGGUACUGAUAAUAAACUCAAGCUAUAUCGCGAGUUUAACAACAAUCCUCACAGUCCAGCUACUGCAUUCUCCGAUAGGGGGUAUCGAUGACUUGAAAAAGAGCGACGCUCCUAUUGGUUACCAAGUGGGGUCGUUUGUUGAACAUUACUUGAUGGAGGAGAUUGGUAUAGCGAAAUCUAGGCUAGUUGAACUUGGAAGUCCAGAGGAAUAUGUCAAAGCUCUUCAACUAGGUCCGGAAAAAGGUGGUGUUCUGGCUAUUGUUGAUGAACUCCCUUAUAUUGAGCUUUUCUUAUCUGGACAGUGCAAGUUCCGGAUUGUUGGUCAAGAAUUCACAAAAAGUGGUUGGGGCUUUGCAUUCCCUCGAGACUCGCCAUUAGCAGUUGACAUCUCAACUGCAAUUCUGACGUUAUCGGAAAACGGGGAUCUGCAGCGAAUUCAUGAGAAAUGGUUGCCUGGAAGCGGGUGUGGCUCGGAGGAAAAUGUUGACAUUGAGUCUGACCGUCUUAACCUGUAUAGUUUUGUUGGUCUCUUUCUCUUAUGUGGGUCUGCUUGUCUAUUAUCUAUCAUAGUCUAUUUUGUGAAACUUAUCUACCGGUUUGGAGGGUCUAUUCGAGCUUCGAGUAGCUCGCUUUCAGGGCGUUUCAGAAUGUUACUGUCGUUGAUUGAUCAGAAGGAAGAUAAUUCAGUUGAAGGGAAGAAGAAACAAGAGAUGGAUGGUGAGAAUACAUAAAAGAAUAAAACAAAGAGAGAAACAUGAAGAAGAGGGGGUUCAAUAGAUAGUGAAAAGGCUAUACUUAAUGUAACUGCUCUUGUUGUGUA